AUGAAGUAUUCAAGUUUUUUAUUACUUUUUAUAUAUAUAUUUUUUAUUUUAAAUAAUAUAAAUGCUCAAUCAUGUCCAUCUACUAGUUCAACAUGGAGACCAACAAUGGCAUCAUUUGUAACACCAACAUCUCCAUCAAUUGCAACAAUUCAACCACAAUUAGACUUUUUAUUAGGUAAAAAUAAUUUGGUUUUUAUGGGUCAAUAUGGUUACUCUGCAACUUCGAUUACUGAUGGUCCAACAGGUGUAGCAAAUUCAUUCACUAUGAAUUAUGAUACUUGGGGUCCAGCAAUGCAUUGGUUGGUUGUAAAGACACCUGUUCCCGCUCUUAAAGCAAAUCAAAACUAUGAAUUUAGUUUUGGUUUUAAAUUGGGUCAAGUUUUAGGUAGCUAUAAUAAAAUUGCAAGUAUUUCAGUAAACUUUUUUAAUCCAGCCGAUAUUACAGAUCCAAAUGGAGGAAGUCAAUAUUUUGUAACUCCAGCACACCCAGCAGUAUAUAGUAAAACCGUUACCACUGGUUCGUGGACUUCAUCUACAACAUUUGCCCAAAACAUCAUUACUCUUACACCUACUGUUGAUAUUGGUUUAUCAAUAAUGGCAAUUCAAAUUACUCGUACCUCCCAAACUGGUCCAGCUAUUACCACUAUGUUUGUUAGUAACAUGAAAUUAUCAAUUCCAUCCAGAACCGUUCCAGCUCCACCAACCAACUUAAUUACCAAAGAUUCCGAAUUAAUUGCUAUUCCAAAACCAUUAUCAAGUCUUGAUGCUCAAGAUUCAACAACAUGUCCAUACUUAGCAACCGAUUUAGUUCACUGGCACGACCCAACAAUUUGGACUAGUGGUGUUGUACCAUUACCAUCAACUUCAUCAAACAUUAUCAUACCAGCAGGUAAAAAAGUUUUAAUCUCACCAUGCUCAAUCAACCAAACCGGUAUUUAUCAAAAAAUUACUAUCCCAGCAACUUCUGAAUUAAUAUUUGCAGAUGCAAGCUUAACAAUGAAUAUUCAAGAUAUUUAUGUCCAAGGUAAAUUUAUCAUGGGUACAACUAAAUGUCGUUACAAUGCCAAUAUUAAUAUUGUAUUCAAUGGUGCAAUGACAACUGUUGAUACAAUUGCUCAAUAUUUUGGUUCAAAAGGUAUUGCUGUUGCUUCAGGUGGUUUUAUAAGUGUUCAUGGUAGACAAUACCAUAAUACUUGGACUAAAUUGGCUGCCACUGCUUGGUCUGGUGAUAAUGUUAUCUAUAUUCAAGAUGAUGUUAAUUGGAUUGUUGGACAACAAGUUGUAGUUGCAACAAGUGUUUAUCAAGAUGAGAAAUAUCCAGAGAAUGAAGUAAUGACAAUUGCUGCCAUCCAAGGAAAAGUUAUACAAUUCACUGAACCACUUAAAUACUAUCAUUAUGGUGGUCAAGAAUAUCAAGCUGAAGUCGCUCUCCUAACAAGAAAUAUCGUUUUCCAAAGUGAGUCUUCAUCUGCUGCUUCAUCAUUUGGUGGUCAUGUUCUUGUAAGUGGUGAAGGUCAGUUUGCUGGUAUUCAACUCAUUCGUAUGGGUCAAAGAAACAUAAAAGGUCGUUAUCCAUUACAUUUCCACAUGGCAAACACAGUUAGCAAAUCCUACAUUUCUGAUUGUUCAGUAGUCAGUAGUUAUUAUCGUUGUUACACAAUUCAUGCCACUAAUAAUGUAACUGUUACAAGAAAUGUUGCAUUUGAUGUAAAUGGACAUUGUUAUUAUUUAGAAGAUGGUGUUGAAAUGGAUAACACUCUUUCAUUCAACUUUGCUUCAUAUGUUCAUACGAUUGGAACUCCAGCAGCAGGAUAUAAUCAAUAUGGUCAAGAUUUUACCCAAUCAUCUUCACUUGCACAACCAGCUGAUGUUGCUGCUGGUGGUUUCUAUAUUACAAACGCAUGGAAUUCAUUUAUUGGUAAUGCAGCAAGUGGUGGUUGGGCAGGUUUUUCAUUCCCAAACUUAGACGCACCAAUUGGUAAUUCAAUUAAUGUUCCAAUCGUUCCAAAACAAUUCACAACUAAAGUUUUCCAAGGUAAUACAGCACAUUCAAGUGGAUACUUUUUUGAAUUUGGUUCAUCCAUUUAUGUAGGAGGCGAUUUAUCAACAGGAUCAGAUGGUUUAUUGGUUUAUAAUAGUGGUAGAAUUUCAAGAGAAACCUAUUUAAAUGGUGUUGAAUCUGGAGGUGAAAUUUGGAUGAGAUUUAACAAUACAAAAGUUUAUCUUUCCAAUAGGGGUAUUGGUAUGUGGGGUGAACGUGUUGAAGUUAUUUUAUUAGAAAGUCAUGACUCCAUUCGUCCAGGUUCAUUAUUUGGUGAAGCAUGGUUAUCAGAUGCAAUUGUAAAUGGUCAAACUGGUAAUUUAUUGUCUAAAACCACUGAUUAUUCAAGACAAGGUUUCCAAUUUUAUGAUACUUAUGUAAAGACAAUUUUAACCAAUAUCAUUUUCAGAAACUUUGUUCAUAAUCCAUUAUCAACAAGUCCAGAAGAUGACAAUAGAGUGAUCAUCAGUAUGACCCAUUCCGAUGAAUUUAAACCACAAUUUAUCUCUGCUACAAAGAAUAUUACCAUUCAAGGUACAGCUGUCUCUCAAUAUAUUGGACAUCGUAUUUUUGAUACUGGUUCAAGUCGUCAAUUUAAUUUUGUAGAUUAUGACGGUACCAUUUCAGGUAGAAGUGUUCCAACUAUUUUUGGCGCACAUGAUAAAUGGUGGCAAUUCGAUAACACUUGUACAUACAAUAACGAUUGGAAUUCUUGGGUUUGUAAUAAGGGUACUUAUGAAGUUGCAAGUGUAUCUGUUGAAGUACCAGGCUAUAUGGAUCGUUCAGGUGAAUAUGAUGCAACAUCCAAUGUCGGUUAUAUUUAUUUAUUCGGUAGUGGAAUUACAGAUUCAAGAAGAAUGAAUGUAACAAGAAAUGUUGGUAUCACUGGUAUUUCUGACUUUGGAUGGUAUUUAUAUUGGACUGUAGGUACACCAAGUUAUAUUAAACUUUGGUUAUCAGAAGUUCCAUAUGGCCACUAUGUUUUCUUUGCAAUUCCAUACCCAGCAAGUACAACCUUUAAAGUUUCAUGUGAAUAUAAAUAUAACUCUCAACAUUCUUAUAAUUUCACACAAGCCACAUCAGCCGCUGCAGUUAGAAGUGGUGAUGGUAAGAAAUAUUAUUUCAAUGGUACUCAUCUUUUUGUUAAAGUUAUCAACUUUGUCUUAAAUGGAAGUGAAUACUUUAGUCGUGGAGGUGCCAAAAUCAAUGAUGUAUAUUGGGAGUUCAUUGUUCACAUUACAGCAACCAAUACCGUAAAACCACCUGUAAAUGGAUUUUAUACUGGUUUAACAGAUGUAUUACCUUCAAGUACACUUUAA